AUGUUUGAAGAAAGAUACCAGCCCAAUACCCAAUUGUGCGUGGGCAAUCAAUACGACAAUGGAGAUACCGGUAGAGGUGACAGUGGCGGACCCCUGAACUGCAAACUCCAAACGGGUCCCUGGGUGGUCAAUGGUAUUACGUCAUAUGGUGGCCAAACACCGUCAGUGUUUACCCGAGUGUCUUCUUAUUUACCAUGGAUUAUUGCUAAGGUGACCGACAAACCAAAUACUAAUUAG